AUGCACGAGGAGGACUUUUGCUGCUCGAUUUGUCUCGAUGUCUUUAUUGAUGUAGGUUUUGUGGGGUGAAUACAGUUCUUCUUUAUCAUUUUCAUCGGUUGAUUGUUUAAAAUAGAUGAAAAUGGACUUUGAAAAAGAUAGAAAAUAUUCAUUAAUAUCACUGCAAGGAGUUUAAAAAGGGACAAAAAAAUGUCGAGGACUCUCAGAAAGAGCAUAAAAAUUCCGCUAAAAUUCCCUAAAGUUAUGGGAAAAGUUUUCAAGCUCCAUUUUCAUAGCCUAAAGGUCCCUUCUUGAAUCAUGGGGAUCUCUUUUUCAGUUCUUUUUCAGCUUUUUUCUUUAAGAGGUGUGAAAAAGAUGCAAAAUUGAAAUCAAAAAGGUCUCUUGGCGAUUUUUGAUUGAAUCUUUUUUCACAAAGAACCGUUAGAAUUUCUCCUUUUAUAAGUUAGUUUCUUGAAGAUUUUUUUAUGAACCUUCUAAAAUUAUCAGAAGCGGCUAUUUUCCCCUUUUUUUUAAAAAGUUAUUUAGUAUCUUUUUCGAUUUCAGCCAGUAAUAACCACAUGCGGCCAUACGUUUUGCUCAUUUUGCAUUUCGCAGCACACGAUUUUGCACCACAAUUGUCCGAUGUGUCGUCAGAAAAUCACCAUGACUAUUCCUAACAGGUUUGAGCAUCAAAAUCAUCACGUUUGUCAAAAAAAAAAAUGUAAGAAAAAGAGAUGGAAUACCAAUAAACAUUCGUUCAUUGAAAAGAAGUGUGGAAAUAUUUGAUGUUUGCUUUUUUUUGGUGGCAAAUGAAGUUUUCCGAAAAGAAGGCAUAAUAUCCAUAGUCUGUUCAGAUUUUGAAGCAAGCUCCGCCCCUUCUGGCGUGAUAAACCAAUCGGAAAGCGAGCCUUUCACAGAGCGUUUUUGAAUGACGUCAUUUUAGUAGACAAUCAAAAUCUGAACUGGCUAUCAAAAGAUGUGAAACCAGUUUUCGUUGAGAUUUUGGUACCUUCUUGAGCAAUGUCUCUUCAAAAUUGUAUAUUUCCCAUAAGAUUUGAUGUUUAUUUUUUGUUGAGUUGAGAUUUUUCAGACAAAUGGAAUCGUGUACGUUGCGGUGGUUGGAGGAUAAUGGCCGUGGAACCACGUAUUCGGCGAUGAAAACUUCAAACCGAAGUACUUUAUUUCACUCUCAAGCGGGCUGGCCCGGGCCUUGGGCCUUAUUUUGGCGGGAAGCGGGAUCAGACGUCGUAUAAUAUACUACUGAAAACAACUUUUUUUGUUAAUAAGCGUGUUUCUGUAGAAGUUUGAGUGAAAAAAAUAAUUAAAUACGUUUUGACUUGGAGAAAAUUUGCCUCUUCGGACUGGCUCGCUAAGGCCGGGUCGACCCGAGCUUCGGGCCUUGUUUUUUUGCGGUAAACGGGCUCAGGCUCCGAGUGAUCUAUUGAAAUCAUUCUUAUUUAGUUAUGGUUUCUGUUGAGUAAAAAAAAACCAAAAAGGUCAUUUUUGUCGUCGAAAAGUCUGAUAUUUAACUUGGAGAGAUUUCGCCUUUUUUGGACUGGCUCGCCCGUUUUUGUUUGAGGCCUCGCUAAGCCCGGGCAGGGUACAAAUUUGUAACUUUUCAUCCUUAAUAAACAGUUUUUCCAGAAAAACGGCUUUACAUGGACCGCGCCCAGAUGGUCAUCUGGACGGCGCUGGCCGAUAUGAAAAAUUUCACCGGAUCUUUGGCGGAAAUCCUUUCCAAAUCGGUCAGUUUUCGUGCAAAUGAAGAAGAAAACACGGUUUUAUUCAUUAGAAAAAAAGUCGGGAAGUUUUUUCGAACUUUGAAAAAAAGUUAAUUUCAAUUUCCGAACUUGAAUUUCACUUUCUAGUUUGCAUUUUAAGGACAAUUUCUCCUAUUCAUGAAGCGCUUGACAAACUUUUUGUAGUUGUUAAAAUGAACUUAUUUUUAAUAUUUUCAGGUUCAUCUCAUAAAUUUUAAUUUUUGAUGAAAAAUUUCCAUAUUUUUGAAGGUUUUCUGGAAUUGCAAAAGAGUUUCGAGGCUUUUCGUAUAAAAUAAAACAUUUACGUAGCUUCAAAAUUUUUUCUUGCUUGUUAAUAUCAAAAUGGGUUUUUUUAUUCCAGGCUAAAUUUGCAAUGUUUUUUUGAGCUUUUUUUAGGUUGUGAGGGAGUUUUCAGGCUUGGCUUUUUUAUUGAAUCCAUCUUUCAUUUUGCAUACUGAGAUACUCAUUUGUUAUUAAAAGCCGUUAGAAAAACAGAAUUAUUCAAGUCAAUUUUCUAUUUUUAGUCCGUUGAGAACGAUUUGCUACGAAAAGAAGUCGAAAGAUUGCUCUGGCUGUACAAAGAUGUGGGAAUCGUCGACCACAGAAACGUGAAUGGAGGUUGGUUGUCACUCAAAAAUUCACUUUGUAAUUUAAAAAUGAACUGAAAGCCCUAAAAAUAAUGAGAAACAUUUUUUUCAGAAGUUCGGUUCACGUUGAAAGGCGCCUUUCAAUGA